CUGUUGCGCAUGCGUAGUUUUUUAUCCUACUUGCCGUUUCCUCCCUUCACCGGCAGUUGCCAUUUUUUACGGGGGGUGGAGGAGCGAGAGUGGUUUUGGAGUGGGGUGUCAGUUUGUUUCCGUCUCCGGCUGUGACAGGCCUUCUCCCUGGCUCGAUUUCAGGCAAAAGUUGCUUGGUUGGAACCCUACCAGGAGCAGUAUAUGCUGCCAGGCAUAACGUUGAGCAGAGGAAAUGGAUGGCAGUGGUUCAAGAUCAGGAGCAGUUAAUGGCUUCACUAUGAAAUCACAGCUUCAGGUUAUAGUUAUAUCCGCCAAGUUAAAGGACAACCGGAAAAACUGGUUCGGUCCAAGUCCAUACGUGGAGCUGUCAGUGGAUGGACAAUCAAAGAAAACAGAAACAAAAAAUAAAACUCACAGCCCCAAAUGGAAACAGCCACUCACUGUCAUCGUUACCCCAUUUAGUGUGUUAAAUUUCCGUGUUUGGAGCCACCAGACAUUGAAAUCUGAUGCUCUCAUUGGAAGUGCAUCACUCAACAUGCAUGAAACUCUACUGUCUAACCAUAUGAAGUUAGAAGAAGUCAUUGUGAACAUGCAGCUCUUAAGUGAGAGGGAGACAGUGGGCGACCUGUCUGUGUGCUUGGAUGGGAUGCAGGUCGACCCAGAGCUCUUAGCAAAUGGAGAUCCAGCCAUCUCAUCAGGUUCAACAGAUAAUUCUGCAAUGCAAAUUGAAACACAGCCUGCAAGUGCUGACACAGCAAAUGGAACAAAUUCCACUGACAGCAGAACCACCAAUGGCACAAGCUCUCCUUCACUAGCCAAUGGAGGUUUCAAAUCCAGCAGACCUCCUAGACCAUCAAGGCCCCCUCCACCCACACCUCGCAGGUUAUCUAGUAUAGCUCCUGCUAUCAAUGAAACUUGCUCCCAACCAGAAGCUGAAUUGUUGCCCACUCCUUCUGUUGCUUCCAUACCUGAAGCCGAAGCACCAUCCAGCACGCCUCCUGUUUCUAGGCAAAUAGCUCCUAUCAACAUUGAUGGACAGAGAAUGGGACUAGUCGGCCAAGGACCUCUGCCCACUGGAUGGGAACAGCGGGUGGAUCAGCAAGGACGUGUUUAUUAUGUGGAUCAUGUGGCAAAAAGAACAACAUGGGACAGGCCGGAACCCCUGCCUCCUGGAUGGGAACGUCGAGUGGACAACAUGAGUCGGAUCUAUUAUGUGGAUCAUAUAACCAGGACCACUACAUGGCAGCGGCCCACUCUGGAAUCUGUGCGGAAUUAUGAGCAGUGGCAACUCCAGCGUAACCAGCUGGAAGGUGCCAUGCAACAGUUCAACCAAAGGUUCAUUUAUGCGACACAGGAACCUGGAGCCCAGAACAAAGAGUAUGACCCAUUAGGGCCAUUACCGGUUGGAUGGGAAAAGCGGAUGGAUGGAAAUGGCAGAGUAUAUUUUGUUAAUCACACAACACGGGCCACCCAGUGGGAGGACCCAAGAAAUCAGGGACAAAUGAACGAGAAGCCUUUGCCAGAGGGUUGGGAAAUGAGGUUUACAGUAGAUGGCAUCCCAUAUUUUGUGGAUCACAACAGGAAAACCACAACCUAUAUUGAUCCUCGGACUGGCAAAUCAGCUCUGGACAAUGGACCUCAUAUCGCCUAUGUAAGGGAUUUUAAAGCUAAGGUUCAGUACUUCAAAUUUUGGUGCCAGCAACUUUACAUGCCUCAGCAUGUCAAGAUCACUGUGAACAGGAAAACACUUUUUGAAGACUCAUUUCAGCAAAUAAUGAGUUUCAACCCACAAGAUCUCAGAAGAAGACUGUGGAUUAUCAUCCCUGGGGAAGAGGGGUUGGAUUACGGAGGAGUGGCAAGGGAGUGGUUCUUCCUCCUGUCCCAUGAAGUAAUGAAUCCCAUGUACUGUCUUUUUGAAUAUGCCGGGAAGGAUAACUACUGUCUACAGAUCAACCCUGCUUCCUACAUUAACCCAGACCAUCUCCGCUACUUCCGUUUCAUUGGCAGGUUUAUAGCCAUGGCCCUGUUCCAUGGCAAAUUUAUAGACACAGGCUUCUCUUUGCCUUUUUACAAACGAAUCUUAAAUAAACUGGUGGGACUAAAAGAUCUGGAAUCAGUGGAUCCUGAAUUCUACAAUUCACUCAUGUGGAUAAAGGACAACAACAUUGAGGAGUGUGGCCUAGAGAUGUUUUUUUCAGUGGACAAAGAAAUUUUGGGGGAAGUCCAAAGCCAUGAUCUGAAACCUGAAGGCAGUAACAUCCAAGUGACUGAAGAGAACAAGGAAGAAUAUAUACGGUUAGUUGCAGAGUGGAGACUCUCCCGGGGAGUAGAAGAACAGACACAGGCUUUCUUUGAGGGUUUCAAUGAGAUUCUCCCUCAACAAUACUUGCAAUAUUUUGAUGCCAAGGAGUUAGAGGUGCUCCUGUGUGGGAUGCAGGAAAUUGAUCUGAAUGACUGGCAGCGUAACACCAUCUACAGACACUAUACCAAGACCAGCAAGCUGAUCAUUUGGUUCUGGCAGUUUGUAAAAGAAAUUGAUAAUGAGAAGAGAAUGAGACUUCUGCAGUUUGUGACCGGCACCUGUAGGUUACCUGUUGGGGGAUUCGCUGAUCUAAUGGGAAGCAACGGGCCUCAGAAAUUCUGUAUUGAGAAGGUUGGCAAGGAAAACUGGCUUCCCAGAAGUCAUACAUGCUUUAACCGUCUGGAUCUUCCACCCUAUAAAAGCUAUGAACAGCUGAAAGAGAAACUACUGUUUGCUAUAGAGGAGACAGAAGGUUUUGGACAGGAGUAAAUGACCAGUGUCUAUGGCAGGAGAAAAGUGCAUCUGCAACACCAUGCAAGCUCGGGCACUUCCCACUAUCCUUAGCAUGGAGAACCCUCUGUUAACUUCCUUUGGCCCUAAAUUCUGCAAGGACUCACAAAUGACAAUGCUGUCUGUAACCUCCACCAGUGAUAUCAGUGGAACUCUCUCUUCCGAGUAGCCUGAAGUCUGCAGGGGUUAACCUUGCUCCUCACUAGGUAUCUGCUAAGCAGACUGUGUGUUGGAAAAGCAAAUGGCUACCCGAAUUUUACAUUCUGUCUUCUUCCAUAAUACCAUCUUUUAGUGUCCCAGCAUUGCUGUGGGGCAUCAGGCCUUGUCAUAUUAGGGGUGAGUGGAUUGCAGCUGGAAAAGCUGCAUUCACUAAGAAAUGUUAUUUCAGAGGACACCACCCAUUGAGCUGUAUAUAGCCAUAUUUAUUAAGUACUUCAGGAUAGUGUCCUUUGAUAUAAGUCCCAAUGAAUAGUUCAUUUCUCCAACUCCUAAAGGAAACAGCUGGAAAAGAUUCAUCAUUGAUAACACCAGUUUGGAAAUACCCUUAGCUCUGAUUGUGCUUGUUGUGUUUUAUGUUUUCUUUUAAAAUCUGAUACCAUUCAUCAAGCCACUGCUUGGAUCUCUGAUAGUUGGAUUUCAGUGACCCGAGGUGUCCCUGAGGUCUGACUGCCUUUUUAGUGGGAGAUUUUUGUCUAACUGCGUUAAAUUGGGCAGGGCUAGAUUCUGAAACCAAUGAGUAACCAUUUAUCUUUUGGAUGUCAUCUAUCCACCCAACAGGAGCAACAAAAAUUAGGUUAUAUGUCCCUCUUGUCAGUCCUAGAUAAAUGACUGUGGUUUCCGUAAAGGGGUGGUUCACCUUUAAGUUAACUUUUAGCAUGUUCUAGAAGGGCAACAUUUCAAUUGGUCUUUAUUAUUUCUUUAUUUUUAUAACUUUUGAAUUAUUUACCUCUUUUUUUUCUAAUGCUUUCCAGCUUUUAAAUGGGGGACCCCAUUUAAAAACAAAAGAUCUAUAAGGCUACAACUGUAUUGUUAUUGCAACUCAUCUUUCUAUUCAGGCCCUGUCCUAUUAAUAUCGCAGUCUCUUAUGUAAAUCAGUGCAUGGUUGCCAAGGGGAUCCUCUCGACCAGAUUGCUGACAGAGAUGCUGAAUAAAAAGCCAAAUAACUCAAAAACCACAAAUAUUAAGAAAUAAAAACCAAUAGCAAAUUG